GUCUUCGUGUGUUUUACCGUUCAGAGCAUCCCUCCACGUUGUCACGGUACAUCGUACGCCAAUACCUAACUGGUAGGCGGGCCUUAUCCCAAACCCCGACUGACCCAAGUGUUUCUGUUGCAGGGGCACUACCGGCGCGGCGCUGCUCUCACGGCGCUCAGCCGCUACGAGGAGGCCCUGAGCGCGUUCUGCGCGUGCGCCGCCCUGGAGCGCGGGCCGCAGGGCCCGCAGGCGGUGCGCGGCGAGGUGACGCGCGUGCUGCACCGGCUGCUGGCGGCGCGCUGCAGCCCCCGAGCCGGGGUGCGCUGCGCGGCGCGCGGCAGCAUGGCCAACGGCCGCGGGGUGCAGUGGUCCUCCGGCCUGGGGCCGAGCCACCAGGGCCACCAGAGCCACCAGAGCCACGGCCUCAGCCGCCUCCAGGGCAUGGCGUGGCGCGCACCGCCACCCUGCUCGUCGGACUGCGAAGACAACUCCAGUGACGAGGACUGCGCGGCUCAGGCGAAAGUGGCGGCCCGCGGUGGCGGCAGGGGUCCGGGCAGGGGGGUGAGUCGCUGCUGUUCCAGAGGGCUGAGCCUCGGCCAGUCCUCGCACCAGCACCAACUGCACCUGCAGGACCUCAGCGGCGUCCCCGCGCCUACGGACCCUUACCUAGACACGCUGCUCGACCGGGUGUUCCAGGACGUCGAGAAGAUUAAAAGGCUGGAUGGGCGCGACCCUCCCGGCGACGCCCUGGUCGUGGAUCCCCGACUAGUGGACCAUUCGGAACUGGACUGCGUGCUCUGCUGCAGGACGCUGUGGAAGCCAGUGACGACGCCCUGCGGACACACCUACUGCUGCAUGUGUUUGGAUCGCUGUCUUGACUACAGCUUCUCGUGUCCGCUCUGCAUGACGUCGCUGUCCGAGUACGUGGCGGCCAGCCCCCGCAGCGUGACUGAGUGGGUGGAGGCGGCGCUGCGGCAGGCGGCACCCCGCGAGCUGGCCCAGCGCCAGGUCACGCACGCCCAAGAGCUGUCGGAGCAAGGCCCCGUGCCCGCGGGCGCGGCCGGCGCGGCCCUGCCCCCGGGCUCCCUGGGCCCGCUGCUGGCGGUCCGGCGCGGCCCGGGCGCCGUCCCCGGCCUGCCCAUGGGCCUCCCCGUGCCGGUCUUCGUCUGCACCACGGCCUUUCCCGGGGUGCCCUGUCCGCUGUACGUGUACGAGCCUCGAUACCGACUCAUGGUCAGGCGCUGCGUCGAGUCGGGCACCAGGACCUUCGGCAUGGCGGCUUGUGUGUACCGCAGUGGAGGACCCGACAGGUACGCCGAGUACGGCACGCUGCUGGAGAUCUGCGACCUGGUGCGCAUGUGUGACGGCUCGUCCAUCCUGAGCACGCUGGGGUCGCGGCGCUUCCGAGUGCUGCAGCGAGGGGAGCGCGACGGCUACGAUGUGGCCAACGUGCAGCUCCUCCAGGACGAGCCCACCCCCGCCGAGCGCCUGCCAGGCGUGCGGCAACUCCACGGACUGGUGCGGGCGAAGAGCGAGUUCUGGCUGUCGUCCAUGGGCGGCGAGCUGCGUGCCGAGAUCGAACGCUCGUUUGGGGUCAUGCCCGGCGUAGAGGACGGCUGGGAGGACAGCUGUGACGGACCCAAGUGGACGUGGUACCUACUGGCCGUCCUGCCCCUUGGGCCCCAACUGCAAGUGGGCAUUCUGAGCACGACCAGUGUGGAGAAGCGCCUUAGGGCGAUUGAUAAGACCUUGGACCAUCUGGCCCAGCGCCUGCGAGCCCCGCGGUCAACGCAAGCACCAGCACAAGACCAAGCUCACGAGCAGGCCGAUACCCUGGCAGAUGCUCAGGCUCAGCAGCGGCGGCAACAGCAGCAGCAGGAGCUAGGGGCGUUGUCCUCAUGACGUCUAUAGUAACCUUGCACCGGACUGUUGACUUUAAGAGCCUGCGCUUAAAGUAGGGUUCUCUACUUCAAUGGAGGAGUAAUAAGUAUUAUUGUGUGUGAUUUGAAUGUGUGUAAACAACUGGUGACGUCCUGAGGCUCCCUAUGACACUCACAUUGACUUGUCGACCUUGUUGAGCGCGCGCAGGCCCUCAGAAUCAACGGCGAGACCAUGCCCACGCUCCAUAUGUAUUGAACAAAGAUGUUUCGUGAGGGUCAAGAAUACCAAAGUUACUAUAAGUGGCGCAAAGAUUUUCCAGUCCACAAAUCUGUUCCUCAGUUUUUCAAAAUUUGCAACAAAUAUUUUCCUGAGAAGGAACACUGCUGGAUGAUAGCUAAAUAUUAUGCGACAACCACGCAUACUGGGUCUACAUGUGAUAUUAUUCGUGAUGAAACCAGCAUUUUUAGUUCCUGCUUAUUGUUUUAAUACAAACAUCACAUUGAUUUAAAUGGUAAAGAGAAUGGGAGAGUAGUUGCACACUAUAAGUAGUGGAACAGUAGAUGCUGUCCUGCAUUUAUGGCUUUGUUUUUUCAACUUUCUUUUGUCAGAUUUGGGACCUAGCAGCAGCAUUUUUAUACUAGCACAAAUUGAGUUUUGAAUUUUUAGUUUCCUUUAUAUUGUAGCAAAGGGUUAUGGGCUGUGGAAAUUUUUAUUAGAAGAAUGUGAAAAUUGAUACCAAAGGGAUGGAACUCCUGCUCUUUUUUUCCACUUCAUAAAAGAGAAAUGAAGAGAGCAAGCAAAUGACCAGUGUGAAUAUUUAAGGUUUAAAGGAUUGCCAUUGAAGCUUAAUGUGUACCUAGCGCUGUGAAUGAGGGAGCGUAAAUGUUAAUGAUGAGGCUGCAGGAACCAGGGGCUGUGAAAUCUAUCUAUAAAGUAAUACAAUAUUCCAAAUUAUUAAUUUUGUUUUAAAAGUUUUAAAAGACUGUAGAUAUGAAUGAAUUUCUAAAUCUCUUUUAUUAACACAUUCAGUGCUGCGGAACAAUCCAGGGAUUGGAAAGCACAGCAAAGUGUGAUCAAAGUGCGGUCGCACCAAACUGAAAGUGUGAAAUUAUUAGUUUUUGAUUCCCUGUCAAUACAUCUAGGUAGCAUCCUCUUGACAGGGAUGCUUUCACAGCAAUAAAACUUGAAAAUCUAAAAUGAAAAGCAUUGUACUUUUUACAUUAGAUUUCCAGUUUCCUCACCCCAUCAUAAACGUAACAGAGUCUGUGAUUGUAUGUUGAUGUGCUCCAUAGUAGAUGUGAUUAGUCCUGCAAGCUGCAAGCUGCACCUUUAAUGUAGAUGGCAUUUUCGUUUUGGAAUAAAAUUCCAAUUAUUAUUUAUUGAUUCCUUUAUUGGCUUACACAAUUUAAGUAAAAUAUUUUGAUUAUUUAGUUUGUUUAUUUUUUAAUGAUAGAAGUUUUCAUGUUGAUAAUGUACUAUUUCAAGGUUUUAUGUUCAUUACCGAAAAGCUAUCCACAAUGUUUGCCUGUCAAGAAUUUAGGACCUUUUACUGUCAUCAAUUUUUGUUGUCACAUCUGAAAUGUGAAUUUAUAGGCUAUCAUUGACCUAUUUUGUCCACAAGACUUUGAAGUUUAAAAACAGCUGUGGUUGUAACUCAAGCAUGAAAAUAAGCAAAGUUCAAGAAUUAUUUCUAGUCAUACAGUUUUCAGAUGUAAUAUGCAAUAUGGUUUCAUAAUCGAGAGAGCUUGAUGCUGUUAUGUUAUUAUUACAGCAAGAUGUGUGAACUGACUGCAAUUUUUCAUUGAGUUCAAAAAGCUUUCAGAUUACUUUAUCUGAGAAUUACAAGAUAAAAUUACAAUAUAAAAUAAAAACAGCAGUUAUGGGCAGUCACAUUCUAUAAUAAAAAUGUGUUGACAUGUUAGAGAACGUUCAGUUUUGUUCAAAGUUAAGGUAAGAUCCCCUCACUGCUCAAGCUCGUAAUUUACUGAAUGAAAGUAUAUAUGAAUAUUAAGGUUUAUUAUUAUUUAAAAUUUACUAACUGAUGGUCUGUAAGUUUUAAAGAACUGAGCAAAAUAUGAGUCAGUAUUUCAUAUUAGAAGGAUUGUUCUACGAGUUAGUAUAGUCAAGAAUGAAAUAAACAAAAAGAUUAUA